AUGCACACGCCACUCGACCACGGAUCCCCCGACUCAUCUGACUCGGACUAUGCAAUGGACACAGAUCGCUCCGGCAUAUUCGAGUCAACUUCAUCUGGCUCAUCUAAGCGUCGCAUGGCCGCCCUCUCUCAAGGCUCUAGCACGCGCGACGCGAAGAGCAGAAAACGAGAGGACGCCGGGAGGCAAGCUGCUAUGAGACACGUGGUCGGUGGUAUGCCCUUCGAUGUGAGGGAUUAUCCUGCAACAAAGCCCAAGGACGAGCUCGUUGACGUAGAGAUUGUGGAACGGUUGCGCAUCCAAUUCGGAGACCCAUUUGAUGAUUCCGCUAUGAGGAGUAAUGCUUAA